AUGGCGGCGCCCAUUGCCGUCCCCAGUUGCCUUGGCAACAUGCGGCUCUUGCUGGAGCGUAUGUGUAGGCCGCGGAGUUUACGCUCUUUCCUGGGCUCCGUACGCACUAUUCUUGCGGCUUCUCUGUCCUCCACUUCUCUUCCCGAAGCCCUGAUCGCCCCGGCUUCUAACUCGGUAGCCAGCCGCCUCUCCCCAGGCCUGAGCCUGCGCCCUGAAUUUAUAACCCCAGCCGAGGAGGAGGCCCUGUGCUCGGAACUAGAGCCUGUGCUGCGGAGAAAGCGUUAUGAAAGCGGUCAUUGGGAUGAGGCUAUCCAUGGAUUCCGGGAGACAGAGCGCCUGCACUGGUCGCCAGAGGGCUCGGCGGUGCUGCAGAGGGUGAGGGACGCCGCUUUCCCGCCCGGGGAGUCUCACCUGUCGCUCGUCCACGUCCUGGACCUGAAGAAAGAGGGAUACAUCAAGCCGCACGUCGACAGCGUCAAGUUCUGCGGCAGCACUAUUGCCGGGAUCUGCCUCCUCUCCGGUAGCGUCAUGCGUCUGGUGUCUGUGGAGAACCCCGAGGAUCGAGCGGACCUGCUGCUCCCAAGACGCUGCCUGUAUGUUCUCAGCGGGGCGGUACGCUAUGACUUCACACACGAAAUCCUACGGGACGAAGAAUCGUUCUUCAAUGGCCAGCGGGUCCAACGUGAGCGUCGCAUCUCUGUCAUUUGCAGAAACCUCCCUGUGAGUUGACAGUACCGCAUGGACUGGUGUAAGGGAUGGGAGGAAUUAUAUCAUCCUUGUUGCUUAAAGUUACGUCCCUCAGCUAGUUCACCUGCUCUAAGUGCAACAUAUUGGGUUUAGUUAAUUUAAAGAAUUGUAAAGUUAAAGAAUGUACUGGAAAGUAUUUUUAAAAAUAUAUAUUUAAUAAUCUCAUUCUUAACACUGCCUUAAUUAGUCUUAUUUUCCUUCUUAUGUGAAUGUAUGUGUGAAUGAAUGAAUAAAUAAAUAAAUAUAUUGUACAAUACAUUGUUUUUGUAA